AUGGAGGUCGACGAACUAUGUGCGAAAUUUAUUGCAGCUGAUAGGCUUAUUGAUGGUGAAUAUUAUGACGAUAUGACGAUAAAUGAAAUUAUCAAUGAUCCAAAUUAUAAUAAAUAUUGUUCUAAUAUUAAAUGUGAAACAAAUGUGGAACGUAUUGGAGUUAUGAGCGCGUAUUUAUAUAUGAAAACACAAGGAGUGGAAACUUCUGGUCAUUAUGAUGAAUUUUUUUUGAUGUGGCUAAGCGACAAAUUAUUUGAGAUAGCCAAUGAAGACGACAUUACUUUAUAUGAGGCUUAUGAAAAAUAUUUAAAGAAUAAUAUUAUGGGUUUUAUUUAUUUGGAUAAUUUAGUUAAAAAAAAGGGCUUGGUAGAAGUUAAUCUUAAGUAUAUGAACGAAUUUUAUAAGUUACUUAAUUCUAUAUGUAAAGCAAUUGCAUAUUAUAGACAAAACUAUGACGAUAUUAGUAAACUUAUUAAUUAUUCUACCGAAUGUUCUAAUCAAUAUUUAUCUCUUUACAAAAGUAUUCCUAAAUGUAGUUCAUAUCAUCAUUUGUUGGAUAAUUUAAAAGAUAUAUAUUAUAAUUUUAGAAACCCUGUUCAUAAGGAAAUUACAAACAAAUAUCCACAUUUAGCAGGGGAUCUUAAAACACUUACAAAGCCAAAAGGAGACGAUGUAUUUUUUGCGAAUGAUUCUAAAGCAUUUGAUUUUAGUGAUCCAAAAUGUAAACUCGAAACAAAAAAAAAAACUACCAAAUCAAAAGAAACGACCCCCCCAUCAUCGCAAUCAUUGCCUGUAUCAUCUUCACAAGACAAAACUAAAUUACAAGAACCUCAAAAAUCAGGGGAAAUCAAUAAAAAUGGACCAGACGAUCCUAAAGGUAAACAAAAUGGUUUAGACAGUAAAAAAUUAAAUGCGGGUGGUGGAGUCAAUGAUCCAAGAGUUCCAACUGGUGGAACUGACAAUCCUGCAUCAGGGGGAUCCGGAACACCAAGUACACUACGAGAAUCUAUUGAUUUGUGGUCACCAUUUCGUGGAUUCCUAUUAAAUGGAAAGGACUAUUUUGAUAAAGCUUCCUAUUUUAUUGAGCAAAGGAUUAAUGAUGUUAAGGAUCAAAUCAGUGAUACAUAUAAUAACGCUGCGGCUAAUUUAAAAAGUAUUUACAGUGCAUCUAAUGAUUAUUUUAACAGCAUUAUUGAUAAUAUAACUACCCAACUUAAUCAAGUUUGGACUCCUAAAUCAGGCAGCUCAGAAAAUAACUUACCACAAAGUAGUGAUCAAUCAAAAAAAACUGGAGAUUCACCACCACCUCAACCAUCCGAUCCACCAAUAGGUUCACCAGCAGUUAUAUCGCCAAAUCCAUCGCAACAAAACCAAUCAUCUCCACAACCACAGUCUACCACGUCGAUCCCUUCGAAAACCGAUAUAUCUACUCAAAAAACAACUGCCCAAAUAAAUGAUCAAUUGUUAAAAUCACCAAUUUCUGACCCCAUUUCGAAAAACCCCUGGAAUAUAAUUCCAACUACAUGGAAUGGAUCAGGGGAUUGUACACCUAAAAUAAAUUUUAUGAGUGCCACAUUAGUGUGUUGCACUUCUGAGCAGUGUAGUUUAACUGGAGUUUCGGUUACACUUAUUUUAAUACCCAUUAUUUUAUUAAUUGCAUAUAAGUAUUUAUCAUUUGGAUCAUCAAAAAAAUCGGAAAAAAAAAACAUGAAAAGAGUUAUAAAAUUAGCUGAUGGAAAGAGAAAGACACAAAUAAUUAUAAAUUCAUAUGAUAGGAACAAAGACCUAAAACCGGUUAUAAAUUCAGUUGGUAGAAAAAAAGAUCCAUUAUUAAAUAUAUACAAACUUAUGCAGGCAGAUCCUAUACCAUUUAUUAAUUUAUUUUUUUUGUUAAUUUUUUUUGUCUAUAAAAGAAAAGAAAAUUUUUUGGAAUUAUAA